AUGACGGCGCUCUCACUGCGCUCCCUUUGCGACCUGAAAUUGUCCGGAACGCGGAGAAAGCGCCAAGUCAUUGAACAUCCCCUUCCCUGUAACUUUGAAGAUGAGAAGCCGUGUUUCUGGGCCCAGAUGCACGAUGACGACUUUGACUGGACCCGUAAAAGUGGACCGUCAGGCUUUCGAACAGGUCCACGAACGGACCACACUUAUGGCAAUGAGACAGGACAUUACAUGUUCAUAGAAACAUCAGCACCAAGACGGAUAGAUGAAAUAGCAAGAAUCAUAGGACCCGUCAUCACACCAUCAGCAUCAGAAGAGUGCAAGAUGACACUACAUUUUCACAUGGACGGAUCCACCAUUGGUCAUCUUGCCGUUUACAAACGGGGCUAUUGGGACAACAGUGAGUCACUCCUGUGGACAGACUUUAGGGACUAUGGUGAUGUGUGGAAAGAACAACAGAUAAUGUUGCCAGGACCACAGUCGUUUCAGGUUAUCAUCGAAGGUUGGCGUGGCACUGGAGACUAUGGUGACAUCGGCAUUGAUGACAUAAUCUUUUCAUCCGGAUGUUUUAAAGAAGAUUCUGGCCGUUGUGACUUUGAGACAAAUUUCUGCAAUUGGACGCAGAGCGAUCAGGACAACUUUGACUUUCAGCGCGGUCAAGGGUCAACAGACACGUCCUACACAGGCCCACAGACAGAUCACACCAAAGACAACGCAAGGGGUAUCUACUGUACUUCUACCUAA